CAAACACUCUCUCCCCUCCCCCACGUUUGUAUCUUUUGUUCUUUUCCUGAGUCUCAACUUCGUCCACGCCCCUCCCUCACUCCUCACCCCCCUUUUCAGGGCUGGGGAAGGAGAUCCUGAGCUUGGGGAUGACUGGUUUAGGGCUGGAGGAGGGAAGGUGUGCACCAGUGCAUGGCUUCUUCUUGGUGCUUGUUGACGGAAAAAUUGAGGCCCGAAGUGACUAAACCCCUCCGGAGGCAGGAGUCGUGGUGGUGAAGUCAUGUCUGAUGAUGGCUCUGAGGAAUAUGAGGAAGAGGAGAAAUUGCCUUAUCUCGGGGAAUAUGAAGGAGAACGUAAUGAGGAAGGUGAACGACAUGGAUUUGGAAAAGCAAUAUUGCCCAAUGGGGAUAAAUAUGAAGGACAAUAUGAACAUGGUAAAAGACAUGGUCAGGGGACCUACAGGUUUAAGAAUGGUUCUCGAUACAUUGGAGAAUACAAAGAAAAUAAAAAACAUGGUCAAGGCACUUUUUUCUAUGCAGAUGGAUCACAAUAUGAAGGAGAAUGGGUAAAUGAUGAAAAGCAUGGCUUUGGAGUUUAUCACUAUCCAAAUAAUGAUACAUAUACAGGGGAAUGGUUUGCUGGCCAAAGGCAUGGGCAAGGAACUUACAUCUAUGCUGAGACUGGCUCUAAGUAUGUUGGUACUUGGGUAAAUGGAAAACAAGAGGGAGCGGCAGAACUCAUUCACAUAAACCAUAAAUACCAGGGCAAGUUCAUGGGAAAAAAUCCAGUGGGCCCUGGAAAGUAUGUUUUUGAUAUUGGAUGUGAGCAGCAUGGUGAAUAUGAACUUAAAGAAACGGAAGAAGAGGAAGAGGGGGAGGAAGAGGAAGCUGUAAAACCUGUUGUUCCAGUAUGGAAAGCUAAAAAAAUUACUCCAUUAACCCUCUAUACACCAUCUUUUGCUGAAGAACCACCACAAUCUGACAUAGCACCAGCACAAGAAGGGCCCCAAACAUCUGGAGUUGGUGAAGAAGUUAUUGCUCAACCUCUUCCUGAUAAUUCAGAAGUAGACAAACUUGAUGCAGAAAAGAAAACAAGCGAAGAUCCAGAAAGCCUUAAGAAUGAAGACAUAAGCCAAGUAAGUGCUGAAGAGGAAGAAAAAGAAAGACAAUCAAGAUCACCAAGUUAAAAUGAAUAGACCAAAAGAAAAGGAGAUUGUGUGCCAGGUUUCUAAUAUAAUAAUCUUAUUUUACAUAGUUUGCUAAAUUAGUUUAAAUAAGCCAAUAAACACUUUAAUGAUCAGUUAUUUAAGAAAUUCCUUGUUGCACAUUCUUUGAACUAAAAGCCCCUGGAUUAUCUUUAGUAUACUGGAUAUAGUAGCAAACUUGGAAUCAGGAAGACAUGAGUUCAAAUGCUGCCCCUUAUACCCACAAUGAAUUACACUUCCUGGGACUACUUGCCCUUGCACUCACAGGCCAAGUGCUCAGGGGGCACCUGACUUCUACAACUCAUUGUUCUAGGGAUAAGUAAC